GGAAGCAGAGGGACCUUCCGACUGAAGGAAGCAACUGAACAGGUGCCAAGGGUCGCUUGGAAACGACGCUGUGGGAAACGCUCUCGUUUGGCGACCGACUGGUGAUCGCAGCCUCCGCACGCGUCAUCAUGUAUAAAUAGAUCUCCUCAUCUCCAUCUCCUCCGCCUCGCCAUCUACCUCUCCACCACCGUCCACACACCCACGCACACACAGAGACCCUUGCAUUGGGGCCGAUCGAACUCGCCGGUGAUUCCUUCGUCUACUCGACUCGUUGGUAUUCGGCCUCGGCAGAAAGUUUGCGCAAACAUGCAGCCCACCACCACCACGGAGAUUUGGCAGUGGCAGUGUGGCACGUGCAGAGCUGACUGGAAGAUGAUGCGCCAGCUGACCACCUGCUGCCCGCACGUCGGCCGCUGCUGUCAGGGUCAGGGUGCUCCGCCUCCGCCGUCUGCAGGGAACCCUCCUCACUGCCACUGCCAUCACCAUCACCAUCACCACCACCGCCAUCGCCAUCACCAGGAGCAGUACACUUCUAUGCUGCAGGGUACCACCACCGCCGCCAUCACCACCACCGGCCGGGCUUUGGCGGCGGGGGCCGAGGGUUCCAACGCCGGGUCUGCUGGGCGUCACACCACCAUCGCUACACUGAAUCCUGCUGCCCCUCCCGCCGUCGCAGAGGUCUUCUGGGACCCGGACCCCUACCUGAUGGUGCAGCAGCUCAGGGAGUUCGAGACCCUGAACGACGGGCUGGUGGCGCUCAGGGUGCAGCUGCAGGAGUACGCGGAGGAAAUCAGCAAGAGCAAGGACACCAACGCCGGGAUGGACUGGCUCCUCGCUCUCCCGGCCAGCGUCAGGGACGUCGUCAUCAUGGCCAGGGACGUCAUCGAGUCUUUCUUUGUCAUCUCCACUGGCGCCGCACCGCCAUAAGCAGCUUUGCAGCUGUAGUCAUAUAUGGAUAUUAUUAUAUCAUUAUACAGUGUGGAAGAGUCAGUUCGUCUUUUUUCUCAUGUCAUGUACUCAUGUGUGAGAAGUUUAUAUUACUGUGCAGUUUUCGUGCUUGUUUUCUGGUAUUAGAUUUGCGGGUUAUUAUGUAAGUCUGGUAUAUAAAAUUAUAAUCAAUACAUUAUGAGGAUCCUCCA